UUGAACGGUGCGCAAUUGAUCGGUGCGCAAUAUUUCGUGUCUAAUAGCACGGUGGGCAAUUGCAACGUGUCCAAUGGUAUUGUGCGCCACUGAACUUCUCCCGUUGCGGCGGUCAGCUGUUAUCGUCAAUCAUCCCGCGUGAAUAAUUGCCCGCGGUGUCGGUUUCCCCUCAGUACAGGGUCCUCGAGGUGGUAUCGAGAGCGGUCGCUCAGUGCGCGACCCGGGUCGGGCGAUGAAGUGCCGUUCAGUGCGCGGCGUCGAGGAAGCGCUCAAUACACGCUGUCAAGGAGUCGGAUUCGAGGUUAAGUGGCACUCAAUGCGUGCACUAGGAACCUCAGCUCACUCCGCUGAGAGGAUCGGUCGGCUCACUACGCUAGACCGGGGAGAUCUGCUUUCUUAUCACCGGUGGAGGACUUUUAUAGCCCCCGUUCAUUGAUAAGAGGAGCGGAGACGUGAGAAGAAAACGAGAUAACGGAGGGGGCUACGCGAGGUAGAAGGGCAACGGCUCUAUAUCUGGCUGCGUUCGGAAAUCCUACUCGGCGGAUAGAGUAAGCUUAAACGGGGUUAUGACAGAAAUCCGGUUGGGUAAUACUGGAUUAAGUAAUUUUCCGAACGUACAGGUAAAGUAAAGAAGAUAUUUGUUUAAUCCUAAAAUGAUGGAGCAGAAUAUUCGCCGAAAUCGAAUAUUAUAUUUUAUCGUAACAAGUAGCCAAAGAUUGCUAGACAUCUUAAUGAGAAUUAUAAAAGAAUGUGAAAAUGAAGAAAAUGACGAUGACUUUAAAGAAAUUUUUCUAAUGGAAAAUAUUCAACGAAUACGAGGAAAACGACAAAAUCCUGCGCACAUAAGAGGUUACGUUAAUAAUGUAAUUGGUCGAUAUUCUUCAAAGCAGUUUCGACAUCAUUUUCGAAUGAAACCUGAAGUUUUUGAAUUAUUAGAAAAUCGUUUAGGACAAUCACUAUCUAAUAAAACUGAUGUAGGACGUCCAAUGAUACCUGUGCGUACGUAGCUUUUAUCAACAAUCUGGCUUCUUAGUACACCAGAUUCCUUCAGAUCUGUGAGUGAAAAGUUUGAUUUGGGCAAAUCUUCUCUAAAUGACUGUGUGCGUCGUGUUGUCAAAACAUUGUACAACAUUGCAAGUGAAGUCAUUAAAUGGCUUACAGGCCCAAAAUUGGUAACUUCAAAAGAAAAAUUUAUGAAUAUUGGAGAAGCUCCUAUGCCGGAUAUAGUAGGAGCAGUUGAUGGCUCUUUGAUAAAUAUGAAAGAGCCAUCAACUACAUUUAUGAAGAAACUAGAUAUUGAAGAAAUUGCUGUUCAUUACAAAUGCAGAAAAUUACAGUAUGCUGUAGUUCUUCAAGCUAUUUGUGAUGCAGAUUUACACUUUAUUGAUUGCUUUGCGGGUUACCCAGGUUCAGUAGGGGACUAUAGAAUUUUUCGCAAUUCAAAUCUGUACAGAGAAGUUUGUAGAGAUUUCUAUGCCUUUUUUCCUAAUGGAGAAUUUAUUGUUGGUAAUAAAGCGUAUCCUGUUUUAACUUGGUGUAUUCCUCCAUUUCGAAACAAUGGGCGCUUCUCACAUGAACAAAUAAAGUUUAAUAAGGUGGUAUCGCAAAAACGGCAAGUUAUAGAAAGAGCUUUUGUUCUAUUAAAAGAAAGAUUUAGACGACUUAAGUUUCUUGACAUGUCCCGUUUGGAUUUGGUAUCAUACUUUAUUAUUGCAGCCUGUGUUCCUCAUAACAUCUGCUUGAAAGGCAUUGAUGAUGAUGUGGAAGAGUUUAUUGAAAAAGGGAGAGAACUAGAUGAAGAGAGCAAUGAUAAUAAUGAUACUAUAGAAAUUGUAAAUAGAGAAUAUGUAGAAAACAAUAAUAGACAAUACGAAUUUAAUGAUGGGGAGAUAAAACGUAAUUAUUUGUGUCUUCGGGUUGCUGGCAGACAGUAAUAUAGUAUAGAAUAGUAUAGUAUUUUUUAUUAUAAAAAUGUAUAAUAAUAUCAGAUACAAUAAUAAUUAUAAAUAUGAUAUUCCAAUAAUGUAAUAUUUUA